AUGUUAUCUAUUAACGACUUAAACACACUUGUCAAUAAUCCAGCCGACGACAAUUCGAACGUUAACGAUACGAACACGCAAGAAUGUAAUAAUCCAAACACAAUACCGGGAAACAAUUCGCCACCCGGUAUUAUUCCAAUCAUACUACCGGGUAACACGUCACCUGGUAAUAUCCCGCUAUUUGGUAAUUUUCAAAACAUGCUACCGCUAUCUGGAAUUUCACUACUCUAUAACAAUUCGAAUUCGCAACUUAACACCAACACGCUUUCCGGUAACAAUUCGAACACUCAUCCAAUAAAUAAUAACCCACACACACAACCCGGUAAUAAUUCAAUCCCGCCAACUAGUAAUAAUCAAAAUGCGCAGUCCGGUCAUAUUUCAAACGCGAUACCACGCACACGACGAAUUGAUAAUGAAAUCAUGAUUAAUAUUAUAACACGCCUUUCUCCACAAUCAACGGGAAACCCUUCGUUAGACGAAUUUUAUAAUGGCCUUGAGUUUUGA